CUCAUAAAAUCUUAACUUCGAAUCUUGUAACCUCGUAAACAUAAAGAUGAAGGGAGUUUGCCUUUCAUUGUUUGUUGCUCUGGUCUUCUUCCAGGCUUUCAACUUAGCAAAUGGACAAGCAAGACUAUUUUGGUGUGUGCCGCUUCCAGGAGUGCCAGAUGCGCAAUUGCAAGCAAAUCUUGAUUAUGCAUGUGGGCGGCCAGAUGUUGACUGCGGGCCGAUCCAACCAGGAGGUGCCUGUUAUGAACCCAACACAGUUGCCUCUCACGCAGCUUUCGCCAUGAAUCUCUAUUACCAGAUUCAUGGUACCAGAGCCGACUGCGAUUUCUCUGGCACUGCUAAUUUCACAAACACAGAUCCUAGUGUUAUGGUGCUUGCAAGUACGUUAACGCAAUUGGAGGAAAACUAUGAUCCAAGCUGCCUGAUAUUGAAAUUUCCAUCUGUCCUUUUCGUUAUAAAGCAUGAGUAUCAGUUUAUUACUUCUUAACAAGUGGUCGCAGUUGACUUUCUUUCA